AUGAAGUCCACCACUAUCGAACAGUCAAUAACAGUGUGUCUAGACACAAGCUGGCAUUGCCAUUCAGAAAUUUCAAGUGAUGGCUCGCACACUCAGGGCGACAUACGCGCACUUGGUAAGCCAGUCUGUCUUGCGUUAUCCUCAAACUCAGAGAAUGGCAAACUGGCUGUUGCCAAUCAGCUGUUCCUGGACAGGUACCGCGAUACCAUCGACACACGUUUAUUGAAUCGAAAUGACGGCAUCUACCCACUCGCAGCAAAUCAUUUUGUGUGGCAACGUAGAUUGGAAGACACCUACGUUAUGCUGGAGUAUCCAUUUCAUACGCAAAAACGCACAAGGUGCCAGUACAUUAACGAUGUAUUUACCUUCUCAACUGACUAUCAUGCCAAGCCGCUCCGCUCGAAGAAUUGGAGGAUGAGGAAAAGGAAACUAAAGAAGAUGGCGAUCAACAGCAACAUCAACCACGAUGUAUAA